AUGUUUUUCUCUGGUGGGCACUGCAACCACAUUGGCAGACCUGAAGAACUUUUAGUGAUGUUGAAGGUAUUCCUUGUCAUCAUUUGUCUUCAUGUCGUUCUGGUUACAUCCCUGGAAGAGAAAGCUGAUAAUUCCAGUUUGUUGUCACCAUCUGUUGAAUCAUCUCUUGUUGGUAUUGUCCCCUUCGCCGAUGAUGCUCCAGAUGCUACUUCAAGCGUAUUAUCUGCUUUAAACAAAACAGAAAAAACUAAAAUCACUAUAGUAAAAACCUUCAAUACUUCAGGAGUCAAAGUCCAGAGAAAUAAAUGCAAUAUGUCAUCUAUUUGCAAUGACUCAGCAUUUUUUAGAGGCGAGAUCAUUUUUCAGUAUCACGAAGAAAGCAAUGUUACCCAGAAUCAAGACACGGCUAAUGGCACCUUAACUGGAGUCCUGUCUCGAAGUGAAUUGAAACGAUCAGACCUCAACAAAACCCUGCAAACCCUAAGUGAGACUUAUUUUAUAGUGUGUGUUACAGCAGAGGCCCAAAGCACUUUAAAUUGCACAUUCACAAUAAAACUGAAUAAGACAAAGGACAUAUGUGCUGUAAUGGCUGCUUUGAAAAUCGUGAAGAUUCAACCAAUGGAACAAUGCUGCUGUUCUAUCAGGACACCCUGCCCUUCUUCCCCGGAAGAGUUAGAAAAACUACAGUGUGAGCCACAGGACCCUGUUGCCUGUCUUGCUGUUCAUCCACAUGGCCCACCAUUUUCUUCCUCCAGCAAGUUGGUACCGGUUGCCCCUCGUGCCACUAUUCUUUCCCAAGUCUCCAGUGCCUUCUCUGUUGCUGAGCCCCUGGGACGUCCACCUGUGACCCAGAAGCCUUCCUCUGCAACCAGGGAGAUUCACCUUCCCUCUCUCCAGCCUUCGGCUCCCAUAGCUUCCAGCCCUGCUAUGGUUGUGUCCCCCCAAUCUGGAAUUAUCCCUUCCCCUACGGACCAUCCCCAUCCUUCCCCCACGGACCAUCCCCAUCCUUCCCCCACUCCACCGCCUGUGAAAUCCUCGCUCUCCUCUCCCACCACGUCUGCUCCUCUGAAUGUCAACACAACCAGAACAUCUCCCGAAAAUACAGAAAUCGCCACUCCCAGCAGGAUCACUUUUUCUGAAAUUGAGAGCCAAGUGUCCCAGAUGGAGAGUGCUCUGUCCGGAGGCAUCUUGGAACCUAACCGCGCAGGAGAAAUGGUCAGCCAAGUCAGCAAGCUCCUUGGCUCCCCGCCCCUCUUACUGGCCCCUCUGGCUCGAAGAUUGCUAAAAGUAGUGGAGGACAUUGGCUUACAGCUGAAUUUUUCGAAUAAGACCGUAAGUCUAAUCUCCCCUUCUUUGGCUCUGGCUGUGAUCAAAGUGAAUGCCAGUAAUUUCAACACAACUACCUUUGCCGCCCAAGAUCCUGCAAAUCUUCAGAUUUCUCUGGAAACACAAGCUCCGGAGAAUAGUAUUGGUGUUAUUACUCUCCCUUCAUCAGUGAUGAGUAAUUUACCUGCUAAUGAGGUGGCGCUAGCUUCCAGAGUUCAGUUCAACUUUUUUGCAACACCUGUCCUGUUUCAGGACCCUUUCACGAAGAACCUCUCUCUGAUCAGCUAUGUCAUAUCGUCGAGUGUUGCUAACCUGACCAUCAGGAACUUGGCAAAAAAUGUGACGGUCGCAUUAAAGCACACCACCCUGAUCCAGGAUAACUUAACAGUGAGAUGUGUAUUUUGGGACUUGGACAAAAAAGGUGGCAGAGGAGACUGGUCAUCUGAUGGCUGCUCCGUCAAAAACAGAAGGCCAAACGAAACCGUCUGUACCUGCAGCCACCUGACGAGCUUCAGUGUUCUAUUGGAUCUAUCUCGAACAUCUGUGCUGCCUACUCAAAUGAUGGCUCUGACGUUUAUCACGUAUAUUGGUUGUGGGCUUUCAUCAAUUUUUCUGUCAGUUACUCUUGUAACUUACAUAGCCUUUGAAAAGGUCCGGAGGGAUUACCCUUCUAAAAUCCUUAUCCAGCUGUGUGCGGCUCUGCUUCUGCUGAACCUGGUGUUCCUCCUGGACUCGUGGAUUGCUCUGUAUAACAUGCGAGGCAUCUGCAUCUCAGUGGCUCUAUUUCUUCAUUAUUUUCUCUUGGUUUCAUUCACAUGGAUGGGCCUGGAAGCAUUCCAUAUGUACCUGGCCCUUGUCAAAGUGUUUAAUACGUACAUCCAAAAAUACAUCCUUAAAUUCUGCAUUGUUGGUUGGGGGAUACCAGCUGUGGUUGUGGCCAUUGUCCUGGCUAUAUCACCAGAUAACUAUGGGCUCGGAUCCUAUGGGAAAUUCCCCAAUGGCUCACCUGAUGACUUUUGCUGGAUCAACAGCAAUGUUGUAUUCUAUAUUACUGUUGUGGGAUAUUUCUGUGUGAUAUUUUUGCUGAACAUCAGCAUGUUCAUUGUGGUCCUGGUUCAGCUCUGUCGAAUUAAAAAGAAGCAACUGGGAGCCCAGCGAAAAACAAGUAUUCAAGACCUCCGGAGCAUCGCUGGCCUUACGUUUUUACUGGGAAUUACUUGGGGCUUUGCCUUCUUUGCCUGGGGACCAGUUAACGUCGCAUUUAUGUAUCUCUUUGCCCUCUUCAAUACCUUACAAGGAUUUUUCAUCUUCAUCUUUUACUGUGUAGCAAAAGAGAAUGUCAGGAAGCAAUGGAGGCGGUAUCUUUGUUGUGGAAAGUUACGGCUGGCGGAAAAUUCUGACUGGAGUAAAACUGCUACUAAUGGUUUAAAGAAGCAGACUGUAAACCAAGGAGUGUCCAGUUCUUCAAAUUCCUUACAGUCAAACAGUAACUCCACUAACUCCACCACACUACUGGUGAAUAAUGUGAAUAAUGAUUGCUCAGUACACGCAAACGGGAAUGGGAAUGCUUCUACGGAGAGGAACGGUGUUUCUUUCAGUGUUCAGAAUGGAGACGUGUGCCUUCAUGAUUUCUCUGGAAAACAGCACGUGUUUAAUGAAAAAGAUGAUUCCUGCAAUGGUAAAAGCCGCAUCGCUCUCAGAAGGACUUCAAAACGAGGAAGCUUACACUUUAUUGAGCAAAUGUGAUUCCUUUUUCUAGAAACAAAGCAUGAUGCUUGACAGUAUGAAAAUGUCCACUUUUACCUUUUUACACAAUGUGAGAUGUACGAAAACCAACCUGUCUUAUACUCUCAGCCACCUCUGGAGGAGCACAAGCUCCUUGAGGGCAAUGGUUACUAUUGGAAGAGAAAGCCGAGACAUUAUACUAUGGUUUUCAGACAUUUGCGAUUUGGUUCCUUAUCCUUUAUUAUAAAAGAAGAUUGGUUUUAAAAAGCAUACUAAGAAUAAGACUCAUGUAAAAAAAUUAAAAAAAAAAAGUAGGUAAUUGCCAGGCACAUUUUAAAGAGGCUGAGUUAUCUUUGAUAACAUCAUAUGAAACAACUGUUGACUUCAACCUGUUGGUGAGUUUAAUUGUGCAUGCCUUUGUUACGUGAAAACUAAAUUCUAGUGAUCUACUUGUCAAAAAUCUUACUUCUACAUUUUUAAUAUUUAUUUUCUACUGUGUAAAUUUAUUCCUUUGUAGAAUAGUGAUUGUAUUGUUUUGUUUAAUGUGAUAACUCAGAAAAUCCUUGCUGGUUCAGUGAAUUCUAAAACUCCUUCUAGAGGUUACAUAGGAUGUGAAAUACAGAGAUUUCACUGAAAUCAAGACAUAACGAUGUUGGCCAGACUGAAAAAUCUAAGCAGACAGUGCCACAAUUAGCUCAAACAGUGCCUUCGUUCGAGUUAGGAAAAGGCGCCCCCACUGGUGGACACAGGCCCAUGGGCUCCCAGCUUGGCACACAGAGUGGCGGCCAGAUUUUAGCCCCACUCAUCCCCUUGGCUGUGCAUACUUGUGCAGGGUGCGACCUGUAUGGCCGUGCAUGGUGCCCAAUACCGAUAGCCAGCCCCUGACCUUAUCCCUACUGAUCAGAUCCUGGAAUCUACACCGAGAUGUUUAGCUUAACACCUUGGCCACGAAGGGGGUGGAACUGUAAUCGAGAACAUAUGUUGGGAAAAUUGUGAAUGUGGAGGAGAUCCAUACACUGCCACU